CUUCUGCAUUGCCAGCAAACCAUUCAAACAAUCUAAACCAAGGAUGGGAAACCCACAUGUCCUACUCAUUCCUUAUCCCGUUCAAGGCCAUGUAAUUCCUUUAAUGGAGCUGGCUCAGUGCUUAGCUAGGCAUGGCAUCAACAUCACCUUCGCCCUCACUGAAACAACUCACAACCGGAUACUAAACUCAUUAGCACUAAACGAUGUUGCAUUAAAUGAUGGGAUUCGUCUGGUUACUGUGUUGGAUGGCUCAGAAUCAAAUGAGAGUAGCAACGUGCCCGGGAAACUGUCUGAAGCCAUCUUCAAAAUCAUGCCAGGGAAAGUGGAGAAACUCAUACGGGAUAUCAAUGCAUCAUCGGAAUCUGAGGGUGAGAAGAUCAGUUGUGUUGUUGCUGAUCAGAGUCUUGGAUGGGCUCUGGAGUUGGCAAAGAAGCUGGGACUACAAACCGUGGCAUUCUUGCCUGCUGCAGCAGCAAAUUUGGUGCUGGGAUUUAACAUCCCCAAGCUAAUUGAUGAUGGGAUAAUCAACAUUGAAGGUAUUCCAGCAGAGAACAAGACAUUUCAGUUUGCCCCAACAAUGCCAUUCAUGAACACCUCAGACUUUGUUUGGGUUCGCAUGGGAAAUUCGACUAUGCAGAAGAUCAUUUUUCACAUGAUGUUAGGCAAUAACAAGUCUGUAAAAUCAGCAGACUGGCUAAUCUGCAACUCGGCCUAUAAUCUUGAACCAGGAGCCUUUUCCUUAUCCCCAGAGAUUGUUCCCAUUGGUCCUCUUUUAGCCCCAAAAAGCCUCACAACCCCAACUUCUCCAGCCGGAUCUUUCUGGCCAGCAGAACCAAAUUGCCUAAAAUUUCUUGAUCAACACCCGCCACGCUCAAUCAUUUACGCAGCAUUUGGAAGCUCCACAGCUUUCAGUGAAGCACAAUUUGAAGAGCUAGCCAAGGGGCUUGAGCUAACAAACAGGCCUUUCUUGUGGGUCGAUGCAAACAGGAAAACAUACACAACAGAACGGGGAAUGGUGGUGAAUUGGGCACCACAGCAGGGGGUUUUAAGCCAUCCAUCUGUGGGCUGUUUCUUGAGCCAUUGUGGUUGGAACUCGACCAUAGAAUCGGCUAUCAAUGGCGUGCCGAUCCUAUGUUGGCCUUACUUUGCUGACCAGUUUAUCAAUCAAAGCUACAUCUGUGAUGUAUGGAAGAUUGGGGUGGCUUUGAAGAGAAAUAAUGGAAGUGAUGGGAUCAUAAAGUGUGAAGAGAUCAAGAACAAGGUGGAUCAGUUGCUUGGAGACAAGUCGUUUAAAGAGAGAGCUUUACAUCUCAAGGAAGUCACAAGGGCUAAUAUUGCAGAAGGGGGUAGCUCACACAAUAACUUGAUGAAUUUUAUUAAAUGGAUUAAUGCUAAUAUCAACAUGUAAGCAAAAUACUGAACAAUGGUAAUAACUACUCUUUUGCUCCACUUUCACCUUUGUUUGCCAAUAUGAUCAAUUGUGUCAAUUCAA